GACCCUGGAGCGUAGACGAGACAGACUGGAGACAGACCCUGGAGCGUAGACGAGACAGACUGGAGACAGACCCUGGAGCGUAGACGAGACAGACUGGAGACAGACAUAGCACCUGUUUUUAUUUCUCUGAUGUAUUGCCUGUUGAUUAAAGUCUUUCCUGAUGUAGAUAUGUGUAUUCAUGGGUUAGGGUUCAUGGGUUAACCCUAACUGCCACAGUCGAUGGAGGCUGUUCUUCAUGAUAUAAGAUAUAAGACAAGGUGACUGUUUUUGAAGAUGCAGCUCGUCUCCAUUUUAAUACUGUGUGUGUAUGUAGCCACAUCGUUUCCAGAUUAAACUACUGUGUUGAGAACCAUCAGUGACAGGUCUCUAUACUGCCCUCUCUUGGGACAGAUUAAUAGAUCAUACUGUGCCAUUAUAAUUCCCACUGUCGUUGUUAAUCACAAUGUCUGUCUACAUCCAUGAUAUACCAGUGUUUUAAAUACAAUAACUACCCAGUCAUCAGUUUUUUUCAGAUUUAAGAUCUUUCUAUUUUCCUGCAGCAGCUUUUAAUUAGGUUUGUAAUUCUUGAAGAUGUCUUGUUUUGCUUUGUGGUGCCCUGCAAACGUAACAUAUUUCUCCUGCACCUCCUUGAGGUUGGGGUUAGUGUCUUUCGGGACGUUUUAAAAUAUAAUUUCCCUCCAACUGGUUUGACCUGUGAUGUUGAGACGUCUCCGCCGCGACAGGACGGAGGGAACAGACACGUUGCAUAUAUCCUGUUUCUGUGCGUCAGUUCAGUUGGUUGCUAACGUGACCUGGAUACUCUGACUGCUGGGCAACAUGACUUCCUGACAGCUUCGUUCAACGGUAAAGACACAACAACAAUGUGAUGAUGCGAGACGUGUUGCGUUUAUAUAUAUAGGCGACGUAUCCGCAGACCAAGUCAUCUGGACUAGUUAACGUUACAUUGGGUACAACUAGCAGGUUAGGAGCAAAUUAGCUGCGCGUCCUUGAAAACGUCGCAAACAUUUACGAGUUGCAACAGGAACCAGCAACGUUUUUCUUCCUGAACACCAAGGUUGAGAAGACAGCAGGUUUGUGGCUACGUGUUGAUGUAACAGAACAACCGGAACAGAACAGAGCUGAAGAUUAGAUGGACGGGUUUGCAGGUGACAUACUGAGCGGUGGCCGGGCGUUGCUAGGCGAAGACAGCUCGGUCAUGGCCCGCAUGCAGAAGAAGUUUUGGAAGACGAAGCAGGUUCUGAUCAAGGCCACAGGGAAGAAGGAGGAUGAGUACGUGGUGGCUUCUGAUGCCGACCUCGACGCCAAGCUGGAGUUGUUCCACUCGGUACAGACCACCUCCACUGAGCUGUUGAAGGUGAUUGAGAAAUACCAGCGGAGGAUCACACACCUGUCUCAGGAGGAGAAUGAGUUGGGGAUGUUUCUGAGGUUCCAGGCAGAACACGACCGCACCAAGGCUGGAAACAUGAUGGACGCAACUAGCAAGGCCCUGUGUGCCUCGGCCAAGCAGAGGCUGGUCCUGUGCCCGCCCCUACACCGGAUGGAGCAGGAGGUGGAGACGUUUCGGCGGCGUGCGAUCGCUGACACGCUCCUGACCGUGACCCGGAUGGAGAAAUCCAGGACGGAAUACCGUGGAGCGCUGCUCUGGAUGAAGGACGUCUCUCAGGAACUCGACCCGGACACCUGUAAAAAUCUGGACAAGUUCCGCAAGGUGCAGUCCCAGGUCAGAGGUUCGAAGGACCUGUUUGAGAAGCUGAAGAACGAUGUGUGUCAGAAGGUUGACAUGCUGGGAGCCUCCCGUUGUAACAUGCUGUCUCACUCACUCUGCACAUACCAGGACCUCCGGGACCCUCUGGAGCAGCUGACUGAUUUAAACCUAACCAACCGGGACCAUAACAAAGAGAAGGCCAUACAGAGUAACAGUUUGGUCUCUCUGGAUGAAGAGAAGCCAUCAGAAUCAGCCUCUGGCCCCUUCCAUGCUGCUGAUGGACAGAGCCACACCAGUGAAAGCUCUCUGUGUGCUAGUCUGGACUCUGCCCUGUGUGACCUCAGUGGGCAUCUCAGUGCAGCCAGCACCGAUGACGACCUCUUACUCCUGGCCUGUGACCAGCCCCAGCCUGGCCUCUCCUCCUCCAUGCAGCCUCUGGCCCCUCUACAGACCACAGCAGCCUCUGGUGGUCCCUGGGGGUUUGGAGGUGUGCAGCCCAGCAGCCUCUCACAUCUCUCUCUCCUUGGGAGCCUCACACAUCUCUCUGUCCCUCUGAGCCUCACACAUCUCUCUCUGUCCUUGGGAGCCUCUCACAUCUCUCUCUCCCUGGGAGCCUCACACAUCUCUCUCCCUGGGAGCCUCACAUCUCUCUCUCCCUGGGAGCCUCACAUCUCUCUGUCCCUGGGAGCCUCACACAUCUCUCUCUCCCUGGGAGCCUCACACAUCUCUCUGUCCCUGGGAGCCUCUCACAUCUCUCUCUCCCUGGGAGCCUCACACAUCUCUCUCUCUCCCUGGGAGCCUCACACAUCUCUCUGUCCCUGGGAGCCUCACACAUCUCUCUCUCCCUAGGAGCCUCACAUUUCUCUCUCUCUGGGAGCCUCACACAUGUCUCUGUCCCUGGGAGCCUCACACAUCUCUCUCUCCCUGGGAGCCUCACAUCUCUCUCUCCUUGGGAGCCUCACACAUCUCUCUCUCUCCCUGGGAGCCUCACACAUCUCUCUGUCCCUGGGAGCCUCACACAUCUCUCUCUCCCUGGGAGCCUCACACAUCUCUCUCUCCCUGGGAGCCUCACACAUCUCUCUCUCCCU